CUCGCCCGAGUCGGAUACAUUUAACUUUCCCGAAUUGACAGCGCCGGGCGUGGUCUGACAGCGGCGGUGGUCUUAUUUUCCCGUGACGCCCUGGUGAUCCGUCUUCUCGUCUGGGAGUCUGCGUGUCGUUUAAGCGUUCGCUUGUUGAAUAGGAGACACAAAGAAGAUGAAAUCCCUUUUGGUCACUGCUGGCAUUACUGCCUUUGUUCUGGCUUUGUUUCUCCAUUCAGGAAGUGCUUUAGUGUGCUACAAUUGUCCAAUUGCUAACUGUGACAGAAACAUAACUUGCAAAGGUGAACAAGAUACUUGCGUUAUAGUAUAUCAUGGUGUAAAAAAUACAUCUCAGUGCUGGAAGUAUUCUGACUGUAAUGUAGACUUUAUUUCAGAUCAUUUCUCAACAAAAAACUUCAGAUACAGGUGCUGCCAAUGGAAUUUGUGUAACGAUGCUCCAAAUGUAGUAGCUAGCAAGAUAGCCCUCAGUGGGGCUUUCUUGCUGACUGUUGCUCAUAUCUUAAAGUUUUCAGUCUGAAACUGAAAUGGGGCAAUUUUUUCCAGUUUAAAAAGCUAUACGGCACUAAUGUCUUUUGAGAAGUAUUCCUGUGUUGGAGAAGAUUAAAUUAUUAAGAUACAGUAUUAAGUAGAUAAAAUUUGUUCGCUAUAUUGCACUUUUCAUAUUUUUUCUUACUUUACUCAAUUUCUAUUGGAAACUUACAUUCAAUCUGUAAGACAUUCAUAUUAGCCAAAUGUGGACUUGCUUGUGUUGGGAAUAACUUUUGAAUCUCGCAACUACAUUUUAACUUGUAAGCAAUUGUUGCAAUAAAAGUGCUAUUGUAUAUUUAA